AUGCAUGUGAGGGCCAGAGCAAAAUUUUCAUUUCCUUUUAAUUCCAUAGGUAAAAAGAUGGCUUAUCAGAAAGUCAAGGCAGAUGUACGAACCUCAGGACAUUCACAGUACUUAGACAAUGAUGACCUUCAAGCUACUGCCCUUGAUUUAGAGUGGGAUAUGGAGAAGGAACUAGAAGAGCCAGGCUUUGACCAGUUUCAACCAGAUAAUGCUGAGCAUCAGAACUUGGGUCACUCUGAGACUUUAGAUCUCCAUCUUGAUUCUAUUCAACCAGCAACAUCACCCAAAGGAAGAUUCCAGAGACUUCAAGAAGAGUCUGACUGUGUGACCCACUAUCCAAGAUCUGCACCAAAGAACUACCACUGCAACUUUUGCUACCUGUUAAAAAUACUGUGCAUAGCUACCGCUCUGUUUAUUUUUGGAAUUAUAAUAGGUUAUUAUGCACACAUGAAUUGUCCUUCUGAUGCCUCGCCAUCAGGAACAAAUAACCCACAGUUAUACCAAGAUAUUCUCAAGACAAUCAAAGCAGAAGAUAUCAAGAAAUCCUUCAGAAAUUUGCUUCAACUCUAUGCCAGUGAGGAUGACAUGGAAAUUUCAAAGAAGAUUAAGAGUCACUGGAUUGAAUUGGGCUUGGAAGAUAUACAGUUUAUAAACUAUUCAGUGUUGCUGGAUUUUCCCGGGCCCUCUCCAGGCACCAUCACUGUGAGCAGCACUGGCCAAUGCUUUUAUCCUGAUGGCCAACCUUGCAGGGAAGAAGCCAGAAGAGGCCACAGCCAAGAUCUGUUCUACUCAUAUGCAGCCUAUUCUGCCAAAGGAACUCUCCAGGCUGACGUCAUCGAUGUGAGUUAUGGAACCAUGGAUGAUUUAAAACGGAUUACAAAGUUGAAAAAUAUUACCAAUCAAAUUGCACUCCUGAAAUUAGGAAAAUUACCACUAUUAUAUAAGAUUUCCUUAUUGGAAAAGGCUGGGUUUGGAGGUGUUCUUCUCUACAUUGAUCCCUGUGAUGCACCAGAGACUGCAGUGUCUAGCUCUGAGCCCUUUAUGGUGACUCUGAAUCCAGGAGGGGAUCCCUCUACACCUGGAUACCCAAGUCAUGAUGGAAACUUUAGACAAAGCCGACCAAACCUCACCUCCCUGUUAGUGCAGCCCAUCUCUGCAUCCCUUGCUAAAGUGCUCAUCUCUUUGCCAAAACUGAGAAUGGAUAAAUAUGCCUGCAGCCCUCUAGAACUUCCAUAUAAUGAAAAGAGAACUGUCACCUUGCAGGUACAGACAAUCACAAAAUUUAAAACAGUGUCUAAUGUUGUUGGGUAUCUAAGAGGUUUGACAUCACCAGAUCGGUAUAUUAUAGUUGGCAGCAACCACCAUGCUGGAUACAAUUAUAAUGGACAAGAAUGGGCCAGCAGUACUGCAGUAAUCACAGCGUUUAUUGAAGCUUUGAUGUUAAGAGUGAAGAAAGGAUGGAGACCAGAACGUACUAUUGUUUUCUGCUCAUGGGGAGGAACACCCUGGGGCAAAAUUGGCUCCUAUGAAUGGGGAGAGGAUUUUGCGAAGAUUCUACAAAAGAAUGCUGUGGCUUACAUUAGCCUCCACAGUCCCAUCCGGGGCAACUCCAGUCUGUAUCCGGUAGCAUCUCCAUCUCUCCAGCAGCUGGUUUCAGAGAAAAAUAAGUUCAAUUGUAUGCGAAGAGCUCAGUGCCUAGGAGCCAAUGUCAGCUCUGUGCAGAUACAAGGUGAUGCUGAUUAUUUCAUCAACCAUCUUGGAGUUCCAACUGUGCAGUUUGCUUAUGAUGACAUCAAAACAUUAGAGGGUCCAAGUUUUCUCUCUGAGGCCAUCUUUCCUAAAUAUGAAACAAAAACUGAAGAAGUAGAUCCAUCUUUCAACCUCCAUGAAGCCAUUACUAAGCUCUCAGGAGAAGUAAUUUUACAAAUUGCCACUGAACCAGUUCUGCCCUUCAAUGCCCUCGAUAUAGCAUUAGGAGUUCAAAACAGCCUUAAAGGAAAUGAGCCUAGUGUCCCUCUCCUGCUGGCCUUGGCAUCAAGGCUGAGGGACAGUGCUGAACUCUUCCAGUCAGAUGAGAUGCGACCUGCUAAUGACCCAAAGGAGAGAGCUCCCAGCCGUGUGCGAAUGCUGAACGACAUCCUUCAAGACCUGGAAAAGAACUUCCUGGUGCAGCAGGUACCACCGGGUUUUUAUAGAAACAUCCUGUACCAUCUUGAUAAGAAGACAAGCCAGUUUUCCAUCCUUAAGGAGGCUUGGGAUCACUGCAAUCCACAGACAUCAAAUGAGACUUUGCAAGAGGCCCUGUCCAACGUUUUGAAUAGCAUUAAUUCAGCUCUUAUUUCCUUCAAAGCAGGACUGGAUGUGUUUGAGAGUGUCUUACUUAGAAAGAACUGA